UUCACUAAAAACAAUAUUUUUUUCCUUGGGUUCCACUGACCCCCAGAAGCUUCAAGAAACCAAACAGAUUCUCUAAAAUGGAACUCCCUUCCCUGGCAAUUGAUCAUUGUAAUGAUCUCUCUUCAAUCAGGUGAGAUGUCGGCCUAUGAAAACGUUGUUGCUGGGAAGUUAAGACUAAAGGGCAAAGCUCUAGAUGUGAAAUCUAGCGGGAUAAAAAAGAAAAAGAAGAACAAGCAUCAGUAUGAUCUAGUGACUCAAGUGCCAGGUGGAAACAAUGCAGUGAGAGCAAACCAACUUGAGGAUGAGAUAGACGAUAGUUAUCUUGACAGUGGGAUGAAAGAGCAAGCAGCCAAGAACAAUGAUCAUCUCACACCCGCAGAGAGAAAAUACCUUGAGCAGUGGGAGAAACUUAACAUCAAACGACUCACGAAAGAAGUCACGAAAUCCCACCGUGAUAGAAUUCAAGAAUUUAAUCGAUACCUAGCUAAUCUUACUGAGCAUUAUGACAUUCCUAAGGUUGGUCCUGGUUAACAUGAACCAGCCUUUGGAAACUCCAUUUUUUCUGUCAUUUUGUGCAUGCUAUGGAUUCUUUUAAGUCUUGAAAUCAAGUCGAUUUGCUAUGUAGCUGGAAACUGCUGGUUGUUUCUUGGGCCUGAUGCCACGUUAAUUUUGAUGUCUUGCUUCUUUGAGAGACA